AUGAGCCAUAGUGAUUCCUCAUUAUUUAUUCAAACUAAUAGUUUGCGAACUACAAUUCUUGCGAUUUAUGUGGAUGAUAUUAUUAUAACUAGUAGUGAUACCUCUUAUAUCUCCACUCUAAUCACUGAAUUAAGUGCUCAGUUUGCUAUAAAGAACCUCGGGAACUUGAACUAUUUUCUUGGCAUUGAGUCCUCUGCUGCAGUUUCUUCUACUCCAUUUCACAAUCCAUUUCUGUACAGAAGCAUCGUUCGAGCCCUGCAGUAUAUAACUAUUACAAGACCUAAUUUGGCCUUUGCUGUUAACUCUGUUUGUCAACACAUGCAAUCUCCUACAGAUGACCACUUUACUGCAGUAAAACGUAUCUUGCCUUAUCUCAAAGGGACUGUUACACUUGGUAUUCAGUUCACUAGAGGACCUUUCACUCUUAUUGCCUAUUCAGAAGCUGAUUGGGUAGGUGAUACUUGUGAUCAUCGGUCAGUUAGUGGUGACCCAAAAAGAUGA